AAUCAUACAAUAUGGUCUUGUGAUAAUCUGCGUAAACGAAGCGUGUCCUACCCGCCUAUGUUUGUUGUGUUGGUUCAACAAGGUUCAAGGUGUGUACGAAGUAGACAGCGACAAAAUGAAUAUCAUUGUUUACCUGACCUUGGCCUCUGGCCUCGUAGCCAUGGUGACAGGGAAACCAAUUUCGAGGAGGCCGGAGAGGAUUGUUGACAUGACGCAUCUGCUCACGAAGGACUUCCCGUAUUAUCCCGGGCAUCUCAAUUUCUUGUUAAACAUCAGCUUCUCCGGAACGUUUGUCGACGGUAAAGUCGACCUUUUAAGUAACGACUAUCAGACCGCCGAGCAUGGCGGCACCCACUACGAUGCGCCGCGUCAUUUCUGCAGCCUAAAAAGCUGCUGGGACACACAGGCGGUGCCCCCUGAACGCUUGAUUGGCCCUGGAGUUAUCAUCAAUGUCCAGGAACAGGCUAAAAACAACCCAGACUACGCCGUGACACCUGGUGACAUCAAAAAUUGGGAAAAGAAGUAUGGGAGAAUUCCAGAAGGCGCUUUCGUCAUCAUGAAUUCAGGAUGGUACAAGCACGUGAAGAACCACACGAAAUUCCUCGGCAACGACAAGGGAAACAAAUCGAAUUUACACUUUCCCGGUUUCCAUCCCGAGGCAACAAAAUGGCUGCUGGACAACCGCGAAAUAUACUGCCUUGGUGUAGAUACAGUUAGUAUCGAUCCCGGGAAUACAACACAGUACAUGACGCACAGACUAGCUCUUGUAAGCAAUCUGAUUGCUUUGGAGAAUGUCAACAACUUAGAUGCAGUCCCGGAGGCAGGAGCAAUGAUAUACGCUUUGCCUAUCUUCAUCAAGAAUGGGACCGGCGGUCAAACGAGGGUCAUCGCCACGUGGGAUGAUGAUGGCAAAACUUCCGGUGCUCCUCGUCACGUGAUCGAGGCCAUCUUGGUGUUGUUUAUGACUGUCAUUGCUGGGCUUUUUUAAAGCAGGUGCAUGAUGUCGACCCGCCAAAGAGCGCGAUUUGCACGACCUCGAUCGGUUGGACAGAAAGACAUUAACAUUCAUAAACUUUUACCUAUAUUAGCCUAAUAACUAGUACGUGUACAUGACAUUCGUAAAGUCGGUUAGAAAAUUUCUGUAAAAUCGGCUAUGCCCGUCACAUCCCUUCCUCAACUGAGUAUAGAUCUAUUUUAUACUGGAGCCUGCAACCUUUUCAGAUGCUGCUUCCAAAGUCUUUGACCGGUGUUCUAGCAAUUGAGUGGUCAAUGACUGACCAAAGUUAUUGCACGGACUAUGCACCGGGCGGGGUACAGCCGAGUUUGCAGUAAAAUUGUAUCUUAUUUAACAACAGGUAGCUCAAAGUAUCUCGCGUAGAAAACGGAAUGUUUAAAUGUGUCCAAUCCCCGCAAAUUCUCCAUUUGUAACUAAAGUUAAACGCUUGUUGACUCUAUGCAAACAAUGAUCAGAAAAUGUAAAUUAAUAAAAACUGACCGACUAAGGUGCGGUCAAUUAAAUUGUAAUGGGCCUUGUGGGUUUGAAUUUGGUUUGUCUUCAAGAGGGAAUAAAGAAGGUUGGUUCGUUUUUUUAUGUUCCUUGGAAAAUCUAAGGCAAUGGAAUUAAUUGUGUUGCCGAAAGAACUGCCUCAAGUUGUAACGCUCGUCUUUGAGAUGGCUAUAUAGGGCUGUCCAAAAGGUUUAAGAAUAUCCACGGGUAAAAUGGCCAUGGCCUCUUUAGAACCAUAUACCAUAAUUCGUCAAAAUACAAUAAGGCCCGGCACUUUUUCCAGGGGGACAUUUUCUAAUUCUGCAUUGUCGAGAAGCAAGAAAUUAUUGAGCGGUGAUGUCAGUUAAUGCAUCGCACAUCACUGAAUUUUUGCUCUGAUCUGGGAUAAUAAGACUUACUGAGGUGAGUGCCGGGUCUUGAGAACAUACCUUUGACCCUAUGGCCUUGGACUCGCGGGCAGGACCCUAUACUACCUGAGUGUCUAUGCCAGGGUCAGUAAAACGCCCCUCAUUAUAGGUGGAAGUAUAGUAGCCUAUAUCGGACUCCAUUAGCCUCUUGCAAAAAUACUACACGGUUGUGACGCCGGUAUGAUGAUGAUGAUGAUACGAUGACGAUGAUGAUGAUGAUAAUGAUGAUGACGGUUGAAACCAAUUACAUGCGUAAAAGGUUCAAUUUCUUAGUUUCAGCAUGGCAUAUUCAUUGACAUUGUUACUCUGCGCCCUGGCAGUAGCAGCCUCGGUUCUUGGAGGAAAUGGCUAUAAAGCAGUCAAUGUGCUGACGCCGAGCGCAUGCAUCUCAAAAGGGCCAGGCCACACUCUGAAGCGGGUGUAUACCACUGGCAAGCUGGCGCAGAAGACUUUCACGAGAAGAGCUAAACACGCGACAGCCUGUUGGAAACUCUGCGCCUUUUCCAAACCAGGCAUUCGAGGCGCUGCUUGCGUCGAGUACACAUACAAUCUGAGGACGAAGACCUGCACCAUCUUCACCAACAAGUUCGAAAGGGACUUGGGAGUUGUUCACGGUACAUGGAUGUGUCAGAAAAUGGAAAGCCAGAGAUAUCUUUCCGUUGAAGCGAUUCAAGGUCACAAGGUCAUUGGUCAAAGUUUAAACGCGACCUUCAGGGGUAAGGUUGGACUCGCCCCCGGCAGGAAGGGACUCAGUCUACGUUUGCCGGUAUGUACAUCACAACUGAGAACAGAUGAGGAACAUGGUUGCAUCGGAUGGGGGCGCUGUUCGUCAGGUUUCAGCUUAUCUAUUUGGAUCCGCCCACGGAAUACGUGGCAUUUCUUCGUUAAAAAAGGAAAGUUGCUGUUUGUGUUAUAUCGCCGAAAACAGUCACAAAAUGUCUAUAUUCGUGCUUUAGUAAAUAAAAAAAUGGUUUACAAGGGAUAUGGCCAUUUGCGGUCCAGAGCUGGCUGGGUUCAUAUAUUUCUUUCGGUAUCGGCAAGAAGAACGGGUAUGUUCGCAAAGGCAAUGGUUGACGCCCAAAAAACAUUCCCCGUCGAAGUCAACCAUCCAAUUGCUCGAGACCCUGGGGUCUUGAGGGGUCCGAUCAAUAUCAUGGCUUCGCUGAGAGAUGAGGAUAACCUUAAUAUCGGAUGCCAUGAAGGCUGGAACAUGCUCGUUGACGAGAUCCGGUUCUGGAAGUCCAGUUUGAGUAUCGCGGUGGUUGAGGCCCUGUAUAAAUCUGAAAAGCGUGGGGUUCCCAGGAGGGUGCCGCGGGGGCCCGUGAUGAAGGGGCCAGGCCAAUCUGAAAACGAGACGAUGCAGACCACAGAAGAGAAAGCAGCGGCUGUAUCGAAUGAAGAACCAGCGCGCCAAGCCACUGGACAAGAACCAGAGAAGAGCCACGUGAAGCCAAAUGCAGAUUACGAAAGUGGGACAUCCGAGAAUGAAGCGGAACAGAGAAACCGGCGAGAAGAGGAAGAACUACAGAAGUCAAACAACGGUACGAUGAAUGGGAAGUGGAGUCCUGGGAGCAAGUAUUGCUUACCCAUGUCAAGAAUUGAGCACAACCAGGUAAUUGGACCUCUGAACGGUGCUGUUGCAGGAAACGUCAGCCUCGCACCAGGACUUGGAAGGGACCACCGAAGUAUAAAUAUCGCCACGUGUGGAGGCAAUGUCACCUACUGUGGGGGAAACACCACUUGUCGCGAUGAAAACGGAACAUCAGACGACUGCUUGUCCAAUAGAGGUCGCUGUGUGUAUGGUUUUACCAUCUCUUUAAUGGUCCUUCCUCCUCGCAGGACGCCAUGGAGUCUUGGCAUCUCAAAGGGUUCGGUCCGCUUCGUGUUCCAGUCCAGUGGGCAGAGGUCAGUCAGAGUCAAAGGUUUUACCGCCAGGGGGCGUUUUUAUGGAGGAAAGGCGAUGCUGAACGAAGGCGGUUGGCUCCAUGUUGUCAUCGUUGUGGAUGAGCGCUUGGAGGUCAAGGUCAAUCUGAAUGGGGUCAAGGUCACAAAUCGGCAGCGGAGACCAGAUGGCGAGCCAAAAACCCUUUUGAAAGGUGCAACCACGUUUGGUGCAGUUCCGUCAACUCGGCAUCCAUGCGUCAAAGAUAAAGGGAUCCAUCUCGAUGAAAUACGACUGUGGAAUAGUACCAUCUGUACACAUAGCUGCCGCAAGUUGUACCAAAUGGAAAAGCACAAAGCUACGGGGGCUACAGUUGUGGUUUAGAUGGACUGUGCUUCGGGGGUUACAGUUGUGUAGUGAAUUGACACGGAGUUGUCGAAUAUACAAUUGACCCUAAAUAAUGUCAUGAUAGCAGGGGAACUGGGUACUUGCAAGAUGGAGACGGGGAUAUCUGCAAGUAAAGAAAAAUGAACAUUAUAAUAUAUUCCUUGAUGAUUAAUA